AUGGACUUCUCCAUGUCCAACUACACCUUCAACUACUCCAACGACUGGGGCGACUACUCCAUCGACGGCUUCGAUGACUACGACGUCCCUCACAGCUACCGCGCCAUCCUGGCCCUCUACGCCCUCAUCUUCCUCUUGGGCGUCUUGGGCAACGGAGCCGUCAUCUGGGUGACGGCCUUCGAGCUCCGCCGCACGGUCAACGGCGUUUGGUUCCUCAACCUCUCCAUGGCCGACCUCCUCUGCUGCUUGGCCCUUCCCUUCUUGGCCCUUCCGCUGGCCCGUGACCACCACUGGCCGUUGGGUGGCUUCGCUUGUAAGCUUCUCCCUUCCCUCACCAUCCUCAACAUGUUCGCCAGCGUCCUCCUCUUGACGGCCAUCAGCGCCGAUCGCUGCGCCAUGGUGACCCGACCCGUUUGGUGUCAAAACCACCGAACCCUCGGCUUGGCCCGAGGGGCUUGUGCGGCUGCUUGGUUCCUCGCCGGGCUCCUCACUCUUCCAUCCUUCAUCUUCCGCACCACCCGUUUCGACGUCUUCUCCGAGAAGACCACUUGCGUCCUGGAUUAUACGGCCGUUGGGCAUCACCAACGUUUCACCGAGCUCCUGACGGCCGUCACCCGCUUCGUUUUUGGUUUUUUGGUUCCUUUCGUGGUCAUCACGGCUUGCUACGGUCUUCUCCUGGCUCGUGUCCACAGCAAAGGUUUUGCCCGCUCUCGGAAAGCCAUCAAGCUCAUCUUGGUGGUCAUCGUCAGCUUCUUCGCCUGUUGGUUGCCCUACCACGUCGUUGGGUUGAUCUUGGCUUCUACCCAACCAUCCAGCGCCUUGUUCAAGGGUGCCGUGGAAGCUGACCCCAUCGUGGCCGGCGUCGCUUACAUCAACAGUUGCAUCAACCCCAUCAUUUACGUCAUCAUGGGCCAAGACUUCAAAGACAAGUUCCAACGUUCUUGGAAAGCCGUUCUCCGGGGGGUGCUGAGCGAUGACCCCACCAGCACCAUGGGGGACAGCAGGAUGAAGACCAAGUCCACCGUGGAUGAUCAAAGCGUCAGCACCACCAUCUGA